UCUUACUGACCUCAAAACUCAGCAUGAAGUUGUUGUUGCCUUCUCCUUCUUGCUCUUCCACUUCUUCCUUCUCCGCUUCCAACUUUGAUGCUCAUGUCUGCAACCCCAGAGCUGCAGCUACCCCCAGCUGCCUUUCGGGAAUUCUCCGCCGAAUUCUCUGCUCCGGUAGCCUCCCGACGCACCCGUCCGAUCAGAUCACUGAAGAAACCAACUCAUUAAAGUCUGAGGACAAUGUUAAGAACGUGGGUGUCAUGAAAGACACAAAUGAGGCCAAGCCCACCGCUGGAAUUGUGGCCAGGCUGAUGGGUUUGGAUACCAUGCCAGAUAUGAAGCAGAAUUGUAAUUCAAUAGCAAGAACUCAAUCCAUGAACUCUGUGGAGCAUUUUUACAAACACCUUGAAGGCAAACAUAAAGGGGUUAGAUCAACACAGUCGUUUCGAGAGAUACCCACCUUCCUCGAGCUUGAAAAUGAAGAUUACUUCAUCCUAAGCUUCGAAGGAGACAGCAAAAAUGAAGAAUUCAAAGCGAAAGCAAGAAGGCAUGGAGAAGAAAAAUGUCAAAACAGGGGAAGCAACAAAACAGAGCAUUCUUACGUGAGAAAGACGAAGAAGAAGAUAUUCAAUCCAGAAGAAGCCAAAGAGUUCGUCCUAAUCGAUUUGAAACAAAAGAAGAAAUCAAGAAAAAGAGUCUCAAGAAAUAAACCAACCUCCAGAAUUUCAACCAAGGAUCGCCAUGGCAGAAGAUCAACAAGGAAGGUAGAAUCAGAGCAGAGCUCCGACGAAUUAAGCCCAGUAUCAGUUCUUGAUAGCAGUGAAUUCCUCCGAGAUUCUGAAGAAGCAGCCCCAUUAUCAGGAGACGCCGCUUCGAAAUCCCCCGUAAAUAGUCGAAGGAAAUUAUCACCGGAGCUCGAAAUCUCUCAGCGCCGAUCUCUGGACGACGAUGAUUUGAUAAUCAAAGAAGGAAACCCCGCGAAGACGAGAGCGAUUGAAGAAGAGAUUUGUAAAAUAACAGAGAUGGAAUUGGUGAAAUCGAUUUGGAAUUACAGGAAAUUUUGUGAAGAACAUGAAGAACUUGGAGUUGAGAGUAUAAUUGAAGGUUUUGAUUCGUUCAUUCUUGAAGGAUUGAUAGAGGAAUUUGCAGAACAAAUGUAUGAUUCGAUCUUCAUCUGAAAAUCAACGACUAACAUGUAAAUUUUCGAAUUAUAGUUUACUAAGCUCACCAAAAAUUGAACCGGAAAAACAAAAUCCUGUUCUAGAUUCUGAUUUCAAAUUGUAUUUACAAUUUGAAUUUGAAUUCGCGUACGAACAAAGAAUCUUUCCUUUGAAUUUUUA